AUGAAGUCUAUUCAUGGGGUUUUGCUUCUCUUGAUCACAGCUAAAGGCAUUUUUGAAUCGGUUCAAGCUCAAGAUCAAUCAGAGUUCAUAAGUUUGGCUUGUGGGUUAGUCCCUAAGAGCACAACUUAUACGGAGAAGACUACAAAUAUAACAUACCAGUCCGAUGCAAAUUACAUCGACGGUGGAUUGGUUGGGAGGAUCAGUGAUGAGUACACAACGCUGCUUCAGAAACAGACUUGGACCUUAAGAAGCUUCCCUAAGGGUAAAAGAAACUGUUACAACUUCAACCUUACCGCUAAAAGCCAAUAUCUCAUCAGAGGAACCUUUGUGUAUGGGAAUUACGACGAGUUAAAGCAAAUCCCCGAAUUUGAUCUUCACAUUGGUCCUAACAAAUGGACUUCUAUUAAACUGGAUGGAAUAGGAAACGGUACUAUCCAUGAGAUGAUCCAUGUCUUGACACAAGACCGUCUUCAGGUUUGUCUUGUUAAGACAGGUGAAACUACACCGUUUAUUUCGUCGCUGGAACUUCGUCCAUUGAACAAUAAUACUUACCUCACACAAAAUGGAUCGUUGAUCGCGGUUUCAAGAGCCUUCUUUUCACCAAAUCCGUCUUGUGACUUGUCUUUUUAUAGGUAUGAUGAGGAUCUCCAUGAUCGAACCUGGAUACGACACUUGGAUAACGAAUCGGUGCCGAUAAGCACAGAUCUUUUGGUAGAUACGGGUAACCCCUAUGAUGUGCCACAAGCUGUGGCAAAGACUGCUUCUGUGCCAAGAAAUGCUAGUCAACCUCUGACCUUUGAUUGGACUCUUGACAACACUUCACAAUCAUAUGUAUAUAUGCAUUUUGCUGAAAUACAGACUCUUAAGGAUGGUGAGAUCAGAGAAUUCAACAUUACCUAUAAUGGUGGCAAGAAUAUGUACUCCUAUUUUAGGCCUGAAAAACUGGAGAUUAAAACUGUAUACAAUAUAAUAGCUUUGAGUUCUCCGGAUGGGAAUUUCAGUUUCUCUUUCACGAUGACCGGUAACUCAACUCUUCCUCCUCUUAUCAACGGCCUCGAGAUUUAUAAAGUCUUGCACCUUCUAGAACUCGAGACAGAUCAAGAUGAAGUUUUUGCUAUGGUAAACAUUAAGACAACAUACGAUUUGAGCAAAAAGGUUAGUUGGCAAGGAGAUCCAUGUGCUCCUCAGUCUUAUCGAUGGGAAGGUUUAAACUGCAGUUAUCCAGAUUCCGAGCCACCUCGGAUCAUAUCCUUGAACUUGGCAGAGAACAAGCUGACCGGUUCCAUAACACCUGAAAUAUCCAAGCUAACACAGUUGAUAGAGCUAGAUUUAUCAAAAAAUGAUUUAUCAGGAGAGAUUCCAGCAUUUUUUGCGGACAUGAAGUUGUUGAAACUCAUAAACUUAAGUGGAAAUCAAGGUCUCAAUACCACAAUUCCAGACUCUCUCCAACAAAGAAUAAAUGCCAAAUCUUUAACAGUAAUUGUGAGUCAAACUGUAACCCUCAAAGACAAUAGUAAAAAGGUUCCAAUGGUUGCUAUCAUAGCUUCAGUGGUUGGGGUCUUUGCGCUCCUAGUUAUCUUGGCCAUCUUUAUCGUCCUUAGAAGAAAACACGGGAAAAGUGCAAAUGCUCCGAGACCAACAUCAGUCCCUAUCAGUAUGGUUCACAAUGAGGCAAGAUCAUUCAAUCCGGCAAUCAUAACAAAGGAACGCAGGAUCACAUACCCCGAGGUACUGAAGAUGACUAAUAACUUCGAGAGAGUUCUUGGUAAAGGAGGUUUUGGAACCGUGUACCAUGGAAACUUGGAUGAUGCUCAAGUCGCUGCAAAAAUGCUCUCGCAUUCAUCAGCUCAAGGUUAUAAAGAGUUCAAAGCAGAGGUAGAGCUUCUUUUAAGAGUUCACCACAGACAUUUGGUGGGACUUGUGGGUUACUGUGAUGAUGGAGAUAACUUGGCUUUGAUCUAUGAAUAUAUGGAAGAUGGAGACCUGAGGGAGAAUAUGUUAGGAAAACGCGGUGGGCAUGUCCUAACCUGGGGAAAAAGGAUGCAAAUAGCUGUAGAGGCAGCACAAGGAUUGGAGUAUCUUCACAAUGGAUGUAGACCUCCUAUGGUCCAUAGAGAUGUUAAAACUACCAACAUCUUAUUGAGUGAGCAGUCUGGAGCAAAGCUAGCCGAUUUUGGGCUCUCUAGAUCUUUCCCAAUCGAUGGCGAAUGCCAUGUCUCGACAGUGGUUGCGGGCACACCUGGUUACCUAGACCCUGAGUAUUAUAGAACAAACUGGCUAAGCGAGAAGAGCGAUGUAUACAGCUUUGGUGUAGUGCUAUUAGAGAUAGUCACAAACCAGCCUGUGAUAGAUAAAACCCGAGAGAGACCUCAUAUCAGUGAAUGGGUUGGGUUCAUGCUUACUAAAGGAGACAUCAAGAGCAUUGUUGAUCCGAAACUGAUGGGGGAAUAUGACACAAACGGUGCAUGGAAGAUUGUAGAGUUAGCUUUGGGAUGUGUGAAUCCGUCUUCGAACCGGAGACCAACAAUGGCACAUGUUGUGAUGGAACUAAAUGAAUGUGUGGCCUUAGAAAAUGCAAGGCGACAAGGUAGUGAAGACAUGUACACAAGAGGUUCUGUUGAAUUUAGUCACACUUCUGCAUCUGAAUUUUCUCCUGGUGCCAGAUAAUUAAUUUAAAAGCUCGUAUAUCGUUGAUGUGAUUUCAUGGAAAUUAAGCUAUCUUGUUUCCUUUUUAUUUUAUUUUUCCUUUA